AUGUCGCACAAGGGAAAGAACAGCGCCAGCUCGGCCAAGGGCAAAAAACCCGCCAAGUCGGGCGCCGAGACCAAGGGCGAGGAUGUCUUGCAGGCCGUGAUCCUCGCCGACUCGUUCCAAGAUAGAUUCAAGCCGUUUACGAUUGACAGACCAAGAUGUCUCCUCCCGCUGGGCAACACGCCGCUGAUCGAAUACACGCUCGAGUUCCUGGCCAUGAACGGCGUCAACGAAGUCUUCCUCUACUGCGGCGCCAACACCGACGCCGUCGAGGAGUACUUGAACCGCUCGCGCUGGUCCACCGCCUCCAAGUCGUCGCCCUUUUCCCUCAUCCAGUUUAUCCGCGUAGCCGAUGCGCGAUCCGUGGGCGACGUGCUGCGGGACCUCGACACACGCUCGCUCAUCGACGGCGACUUCAUCCUCGUGCACGGGGACUUGGUAUCGAACCUGAUGCUGGACGGCGUGCUGGCAGCCCACCGACGCCGCCGCGAGACGUCGGCCCUCAACAUCAUGACGUGUGUGCUGCGCUCCGGCGGCCGCGAUGCCCACCGCACCAAGGCCGAGGGCGGCGGCCUGACGCCCGUCUUUGUCGUCGACAACGAGACCCAGCGCUGCCUGCACUACGACGAGAUGAGCCCGCUCAGCGACGAGCACUACACGCUGCUCGAUCCGGCCAUCCCCGAAGAGCUCUCCUCCGACUUUGACGUGCGCGCCGACCUCAUCGACGCCCAGGUGGAUAUUUGCACGCCCGAAGUACUCGCGCUCUGGUCCGAGAGCUUCGACUACGAGCUGCCGCGCCGCAACUUCCUGCAUGGCGUGCUCAAGGACUGGGAGCUCAACGGCAAGAUGAUUUACGCGCACAUUGUCGACGACGGCUAUGCCGCCCGCGCUAGCAACCUACAGAUGUACGACGCCGUCAGCCGCGACGUCCUCGGCCGCUGGACCUUUCCGUUUGUCCCGGAGAACAAUCUCGCGCCACACUCGUCGUACCAGGCGCACCACAACCGCGUCGUCAUUGAGCGCAGCGCGUGCCACGCCUCGAGCGCGCGCCUGCGGAACUCUGUCAUUGGUGCCAACACGAACAUCGGCGCAGGCACCACCGUCACAAACUGCAUCAUUGGCAGCGACUGCGUCAUUGGCGCCGGCGUCACCCUCACAGAUGCCAUUCUCUGGAACGACGUAUCGAUUGACCAGGACGCCACAGUCACGCGCGCCAUCCUGGCUGAUGGCGUCCAGGUCGGCAAGGCCGCAACCAUUGCGCCCGGCGCGCUCCUCUCGUUUGGCGUACACAUUGGCGACGGCGUCACUAUUGCCGAAAACACGGCCAUCUCCGCCAUCACACCCCUUGGCACGGCCGCCACCACCGACACCGCCAUCGUCGGCGUCGGCGGCGUCGGCGCCGCCUUUUCCGAUCCCGAGGCCGACGAUCUCGAGGACGACGACCCCGCGCGGCUGCAGCAGUCGCUCAUAUACUCCAUGGCGGGCUUCAACGUAUCCACAUCGUCCGUCUCCACGCUCGCCUCCGCGACGUACUCAACCGACGGCAGCGAGGCCGCGUUUGGCGAAGAGCCGGACCCCGAGGCCGCCGGCCAGGAGUCGUUCCACGCCGACGCCGUGCACGGCAUUCUCGAUGCGCUGCGCGCCGCCUCGGGCGACUUUGACUCUGCUAAGCUUGAGUUCAUGGGCCUGCGGCUCGCCAACAACGCCUCGGACGAGAUGAUGCGGCGCGCCGUCGCCACGGCGUUUGCGCGCCGCGCUGCCGAGCUCGUCGUCGCAGCUCCCCAAACCGACCGCCCCCCGCUGGACCCGAGCAAAGCGGCUGAGACGGCGCUGACGGCGCGGGCGGGCGCUGUCAAAUUCUUGCUCGAAGUCGGUGUCGGCGGCGGCGAGCCGGAGCAGGUGGCCUUUAUCCUGGCCAUGCAGACGGCGCUGACGGACGUGGGCGGCGUGGACCCGCCAAAGGCGGGCACCGUGCUCGCCGCCCUGCUGCAGCAGCUGUACGCGCUCGACGUCCUCGAGGAGGAGGGCAUCCUGGCGUGGUGGGAGGACGCGCGCACGACCGACGGUGAGGCCAUGGCCGCGCUGAGGGAUAAGUGUAGGGUGCUGGUGGAAUGGUUGGAGAAUGCCGAGGAGGAGGACGACGAGGAAAGCGAGGAUGAGUAA